GGUCACCGCACUCAGGACCCUUCACAUUCUUCAGUCGCCAAGUGGCGGAGAGUACUGGUCCCUCCCCCUCCUCCCAGCUCUACACCCCUCAGUCCUGCUCUCCCCUCUUCCUGGAGGGACCGCUGUGCAAUGAGAACUAGGAAGAGCUCGCUGCCUGCCCUGUUCAGAAUGCCAGUCACCCGGUGGUCGGUGCUUCUCCUCCAGGCCGUAUUUCUAGUCAGUUUCGUGACUUGCAACGACGCCCCGCCGGUGCCAGCGGAGCAGCUGACCAUAGAGAAGAGCUAUGUGCCCGAGCUGUGCCCCCGCAGCGUCAAGGAGGGAGACUUCGUUCGUUAUCACUACCAUGGCUUGUUCCCGGAUGGCACCAAGUUCGAUUCCAGUUAUGACCGUGGAACGACUUACAACGUAUUUGUGGGAAAAGGACAGAUUAUUCAAGGAAUGGACAAAGCCCUGAUUGGAAUGUGUGUAAAUGAGAGGCGACUAGUGAAAGUUCCACCCAGUCUUGCCUAUGGGAAGGAAGGAGUAGCUGGUGUCAUUCCUCCAGAUGCCAUUAUACACUUUGAUGUCCUUUUGUUAGACAUCUGGAAUCCUGACGACAAAGUCCAAACAGAAACGUAUUAUAAACCAGAAAUUUGCUCCCGCACAGUACAAGUCUCCGAUUUCAUUCGUUAUCAUUACAAUGGGACAUUAUUAGACGGGACACUUUUUGAUUCCAGCCAUAACCGUAUGAAGACGUAUGACACCUACAUAGGGAUUGGAUGGCUGAUACCUGGAAUGGAUACUGGUCUUCUGGGAAUGUGCGUUGGUGAAAGACGUAUAAUCACAGUCCCCCCAUUCCUAGCAUAUGGAGAAGAUGGUGAUGGUAAAGAUAUCCCGCCCAAGGCAACCCUUGCCUUUGAUGUUGUCUUGUUAGAUUUGCACAAUCCUAAAGAUGGCAUCACAUCAGAGGUCCAAUAUAUGCCAGACAACUGUGAGAGGAAGACACAGGCCGGUGACUACAUCAGAUACCAUUAUAAUGGAACACUGCUGGAUGGAACUUUUUUUGACUCCAGUUAUUCCCGAAAUCGCACUUAUAACACAUACAUUGGGAAGGGUUAUGUGAUUUCUGGCAUGGAUGAAGGUUUGCUGGGCCUUUGUGUCGGUGAAAGACGUCGGAUAACAAUUCCACCACAUCUUGCCUACGGUGAAGAGGGCAGAGGUAAAGAUAUCCCGCCCAAGGCAACCCUUGCCUUUGAUGUUGUCUUGUUAGAUUUGCACAAUCCUAAAGAUGGCAUCACAUCAGAGGUCCAAUAUAUGCCAGACAACUGUGAGAGGAAGACACAGGCCGGUGACUACAUCAGAUACCAUUAUAAUGGAACACUGCUGGAUGGAACUUUUUUUGACUCCAGUUAUUCCCGAAAUCGCACUUAUAACACAUACAUUGGGAAGGGUUAUGUGAUUUCUGGCAUGGAUGAAGGUUUGCUGGGCCUUUGUGUCGGUGAAAGACGUCGGAUAACAAUUCCACCACAUCUUGCCUACGGUGAAGAGGGCAGAGGAAAAAUCCCAGGAUCUGCAGUGUUAGUGUUUGAGAUCCUCGUGGUUGAUUUCCACAACCCAGAUGACUCUGUCAGCAUCACAGCACAGCUUAAGCCAAUCAACUGUACAGUCCUGAGCAAAAAGGGAGAUUACCUGAAGUAUCACUACAAUGCCACUCUCAUGGAUGGAACUGUACUAGACUCAACGCACCAGUAUGGCAAAACCUACAACAUAGUAUUGGAAUCUGGUCAGGUUGUAAUGGGAAUGGACAUUGGCUUAAGAGAUAUGUGCGUUGGAGAGAGGCGUACAGUCAUUAUACCUCCACAUCUGGGUUAUGGAGAAGCUGGAGUAGAGGGGGAAGUCCCCGGAAGUGCAGUGCUGAUUUUCGACAUUGAGCUACUGGAGUUGAUACCAGGUCUACCUGACGGUUACAUGUUUGUGUGGAAUGGAGACGUGUCACCCAACCUGUUUGAAGAUAUUGACAAGAACAGCAAUGGGGAGAUACUGCUCCAAGAGUUUGCAGAUUACAUUAAAACCCAAGUGGAUGCUGGGAAAGGAAAACUGGCUCCUGGUUUUGACGCCGACAAGAUUAUCGAGAACAUGUACAAAAAUCAGGACCGGAAUGAAGACGGCAAAAUUACAGAAGCGGAGUUCAAGUUAAAAGACCAGGAGGAUAAAGAGAGACACGACGAGCUGUAAUCUUCCAGCACAUUGGGUCUGGAUGCUGUGAACGUCUUGUGACAGAACACUCAUUCGUUUGGACAUGUUUAUUUGAUUUUAAGCAGU